GAGGGGAAAAAGCAGAUAAAAGUUUUGGAGACAGAAUCGGAGAGAGAGAGAGAGAGAGAGAGAAAGAAGGGGAAAAGAGACUAAAGAUAGAGUGGAUUGAGUCUGUUAAUGGAAAAGGUAGGAGAGGAUUCAUGGAAAAAGAGGAGGAAGCGCUCUGUGUCUCAGGAGUCCUCCUGUUCCUCUUCUGCUUCUUCUUCUUUCUGUGAGGCUACUGGACAUCAUCCAUCACCAUGUUCUCUGACAGCAGGACUCCAGCGCCUGGGGAGCAGAAAGGCUUCAAGCCCCACGCCCCUCACUUCAUCCCGUGGCUGCGCAAUAGUCUUAAGCCCCACCACAGCAGUGACCUGGGGCUCAAUGGACCGUACAAAUCCAGCUCAGAGGCCUGCAACAACCUGACCCCGCUGGAGAGAGCCAAAGGGAUCGGGUUCUUCUCUAUCCAGGGAAGGGACCGGGCAAAGAAGGGGGAGGUUCGGUGUAAUGGUGUAGGGAUGGUGAGAAUGCUGCCAGUGGUGCUGCGUGGGCACCAUAUCCUGCCUGGGAGUCUGGGGAAGCAGAGGGAGGACAGUCCUGCCAGGUGGAACCAGUCUCCAGAGCUGGACCCACCCACCAACACGCAGAGCAGUCCGGGGGACGGGCCGCAUGGUCUGAGCAACAGCUCCACCUCUGCCCAGGACAACCACACCUUUGUUAGGAACCACGGCAGCCACCUGAGCCCCCUGAGCCCCCUUCAGUCACAGAAUGACGGGACUAGCACCUCAGUCAGGAAAUAUGGGCCACUAGUGAGACCCCCUCCUCUUCCUGUUUCUGGACUGCUCAUUGAGGAGCCAAACUGUAAGGUGCCUGUUGUGGUGAACAUUGAGGACAGGAGGGGGAAGGUGUGGGACUACGCCAGCAGUACAACCUACCGCAAGAGAGACCUCCAUUCAUCCAGCUGGGUGUGCUCGGACACUCAGGGACUAACAGAAAGGCAGCAUGGCUUCCCCACCAGCUUCAGCUACAACAAACAACAGAGCAGGAACUCCCAGAGCCAGAGAGACCUGAGGGAACCACCUGUUGAGGGUUUCAACGGGCCCCUAAAUGGAGUCAUCUUCUCCACUGAGGUUCCUCAGAGAGGCCUGGGCUGCACCAAAACACUACGCCCCCCCAGGAAAGCUAGACCAAGCUCGGAGCUUAUCGCGGCCCUGGGCCAGAAUCAGACAUGGGUCCAACACAGGUCGACCAAUGAAGGGAAGCCACAGAGGAAGGAAUCAGGCUGCAGCAGGAAGGUGGUUCGAAACCAGAUUAAACGGGUGGUGGACAACCUGGAGCAUGUUCUUACAGCGCUGAGGGACGUUCACCAGGAAAUGAAAGAGGUGGUGCAGCAGAUUGACCAUCUAACCUCAUCCAUUGAUCUGAAUGUGGAGGAGCAGCAGGGGAAUGAAAGAGGUGACAGCGCCAACCCUCCCAGCGACAGCAGCUCCAGUUCAGGUUCCAGCUCCAGUGAAGUGACAUUAGGCAGCACCCAUCAGUGGCCCUCAGAGCCUGGAGACCAGCCAGGAACCACAGACUCAUUUGGCACCCUCAGGAGAGAUCAUCACAAGUGUCACUUUCCACCAAAUAUGCUGCUAUGCCCGGUAACCUCUGGGUCUUCAUCAGAGAGUCAAACUCUUCGGUUCACCUGCAGUCUGCUGUCUUCUCACAGACAAGGUGGGCCGCUCCAGUACAACAAUAGUGUCUCUUUAUCCAAUCCCCCUCAAAACCUCACCUCCCAUGAUCUUACUUUGUCUCCCCAAAGAACCCUCCCUGUUCGGCCUCCCACUCCUGGUCUCUCCCCUCUAACAGUAAACCUCCAUCACCCCAACAGCCCUGGUUCUCAGCCUCACUCCCCUGGUCCUUCCUCCUCCAUCAGGGUCAGCCCUGUGUCCUCUCUGUCUGCAAAGUCUCAGCCACCCCCCACUCUUAGCCCUUCUGUCAUCAUAGAGAACAAGGUUGGGUCUUAUCAGACCCCCCAAAGUGACCACCCAUCUGCCAGUUUGCUCUCUCCAUCAUCGACCCAGCCUCCGUCUGCCAGCUGCCCACCCACCAACUCAGAAACUCAAACUGUGUCCAACACUGACAGAGAGAGGCGAUCAUCCUCGGCAGGACCCGUUCACAGACCUUCACAGGUGUGCUCUGCCCCUGCAGCCACAGCUAAGCCACCAACAGCACCAGGCUGCAGGGGUCGCAAGCCUCCUCCGUACCCCCACCACAGACCCUCCGAACACACAAAGAAGGUGAAGGAACCCCGCAAAGCUCCUCCAUACCCUGAGAAAAGAAGGCUUCUCUCGACCACAGUGUGAGACAAUGCAGCAGGAGGAGGAGGCUGAUCGAACAGAGCCACAUUCACAGCACCAGCCGCAAGAGUGAUUUAAGGCUCGCUAAGAUGAGCUGAGACCAAGUUUCCAAGGUGACAGGAUGCAAACGCAACUUGGGCAUCCGGAUGUGGUUACUUCCUGUUGUGACCCCAGAGGGAGGACGGUGACAAAGGGACACACUAACGUCCCCAGCUGAGCGUUUCCUCAACUCCAGAGGAUCAUCUCUAGACAGAUGAGAGGAUCCACACCCAGACCAAACAAGGCACGAAUCUCAGGCACGGAGCCAGAGCAGGAGGAGGAAACACGUGCUCUCACUAAUGACAGAGUGUCAGGACUGCCCUUGCUGGGGGAAGGAGGCGUGUCAAGGUGUGCUUCACUUCAGCGACGGCCACAUCAGACACGGCAGACCUCCGCUAAGUGACUGAGCUCAGGAAGAGUCCAGAGACAUUAACCUUCCAUGAAACAUUAUGUGCAAAGACACGGCGGGUUUGACUUCCAGGAGAAAUAAAGCUUUUCUGUUACUUU